CGCAGGUGCACGCGCGGGGCCAGCGGGUGAGAGCGAUGCGCGCGGGCUCUCCGGGGUAGAGCCCCGACCCGGCCUGCGCGCCCCCGGCCCGCAGUGAUGUGGCGGCUGCGCCUGCUGGUCCUGGCGGUGCUGGCGGCGGGCAGCGCGGAGGCCCAGGCGAACUCCAGCGACGGUUUCCUUGAAUUUUCUGUGGGAAAAUUUACGUACUUUGUGCUCAGCAGGCGCUUUCCACAGGAGGCCGUUCUGCGCCACAUUUCAAGCAAUGUGACCUUUCUUCUUUUCCAAAUACACUCACAGUAUCAGAACACCACAGUUUCAUAUACUAAGACUCUCCUCCCCAGCACCUCAGGAACAGGCAACGACAGAGGACUGGUUUUCAUUCUUAGACCAGAGCAGACUGUGUGCACUUGGUACUUGGAGACAGAAGACACUAAGCCCGUUCAGAGUGUGGCCGUUACACUCUCCUACUCAGAAAGAGAUCCCAUUCCUGGAGGCUGUAAUUUGGAAUUUGAUUUAGAUAUAGAUCCCAACAUCUACUUGGACUAUAAUUUUUUUGAAACAACUAUCAAGUUUGCUCCAGCAAACAUAGGCUAUGCAAGAGCUGCAGAGCCCCCACCGUGUGACGUGAGCACAGGCCAGGAGUCCAGGUGGAGGCUGCGCUACCAUGUGUAUCAGUACUUUCUGCCCGAGGGCGACCUCACCGAGGCCUCUCUGCUCCAGCAUCUUCAGAGGAUGGCCCAGGUGGUCCAGGUGAUGGCCAGUGCUGUCAAGGUGGUUACUCUAACAGCUGACGAUAAGACAGUCGUGUCCUUCUCUUCCCUUCCGGGACAAGGGGUCAUCUAUAAUGUCAUCGUUUGGGAUCCCUCCCUCAAUACCUCUGCUGCUUAUGUGCCCGUGCACACGUAUGCCUGCAGUUUCGAUUCAGUGGAUGGUAACUGCGUUCCUCCUGGAAGAGUAUCUACGAAAGUGUUCUCCACUCUGUUUGCCCUGCUCGGGCUCUUCACUUGUUUCUUUGGACACAGAUUCUGGAAAACAGAAUUAUUCUUCGUGGGUUUCAUCUUCCUGGGGUUCUUCUUUUACAUCCUGAUCACCAGACUGACGGCCCUGAAGUACGAAGUUCGCCUGGUCCUCACCGCCGUAGCUGGCAGCAUUGGUGGACUCCUCCUGGUGGCCUCGUGGUGGCGAUUCGGGAUCCUCACACUGUGCAUGCUGUGUGUGGGGCUCGUGCUGGGCUUCCUCGUCUCUUCUGGGACUUUCUUCACUCCCCUGGGAAACCUAAAUGUCUUUCAUGAUGAUGGAGUGUUCUGGGUGACGUUCUCCUGCAUAGCUCUGCUUGUUCCAGUCAUCUUCCUUGGCUGCCUGAGGAUACUGAACAUCCUGGCUUGUGGAAUAGUGGGCUCCUACUCCGUGGUGUUGGCCAUUAACAGUUACAUGUUCACGAGCCUCUCCUACAUCACGCUGAACGUCCUCAGGAGAGCUCUCAACGCGGAUUUUCGAGGGGCUUUCAUCAGAGUGCCUUUCCAGACCAACGACUACAUCAUCCUGGCCGUGUGGGGAAUGCUGGCUGUCACUGGAAUUACACUUCAGAUUCGAAGAGAAAGGGGUCGGCCGCCCUUCCCACCCCAUCCCUACAAGCUAUGGAAGCAAGAGAGAGAACGCAGAGUGACCAACAUUCUGGACCCCAGCCAUCACAUCCCUCCCCUGAGAGAGAGGCUUUAUGGCUGGGUUGCUCGGAUCAAAGAGCUCUUCCAGAAGGAACAACCGGCUGGAGAGCGGACACCCCUGCUUCUGUAGAGGGCCAUGUGCUUGCCCUGGAGUUCUCUUCUAGACUGCCCAGCUGUCCCAGGUCCAGUGGGGGGGGGGUCAGCUGGGGUCAGUGAUCAGGUGACCCCUUGUUGGCAUACAGCAGUGGUAAGGUGAGAAAAGUCACCAAAAAGUUGGUUGUAGAUGUUUUUCCUCAUUUUCCACAAUCUUGAGACGAUACCUUUUGGUUUAUAAAUAGAUGAUGUCUUUUAUAAAAUACACUAAAAAAUAAAAAUUUCUCCUUAAA